AUGAAGGGGGACCACGGGGCCGGAGAAGGGGGCACCCAGUGCACCGUGCUGUGGACUGAGGGCCAGGGGGAGAAGGAGAAGGGCCAGGCCGGGGGCCCGCGGGCCGGGCUGCGGCCCCACGCGCUGUGGCGUCUGCUGGACUGCAGCGGGGACAUGGUGGGCCUGGACACGUACGUACGAGAGCGGCCGUUUGCCCUGCAGCUGGUGGUGUGGUUCCUCCGGGGGGUCUCCAGGGUCAUCCUGGCCAACAACCCGCUGAGCGGAGCUCUCAUCCUGGCCGCGCUCCUCUGGGCUUCCCCCUGGCAGGGCCUCCUGGGAGCAGUGGGUGUGCUGGCCUCCAUGCUCACAGCUGUCCUCAUAGGACAAGACGGCGCGGAGGUGACCGCUGGUCUCCAUGGUUAUAACGGCAUGCUGGUGUCCCUGUUGAUGGGCGUGUUCAGCUCGGCCGGGGACUGGUACUGGUGGCUGCUCCUGCCUGCGUGCCUGGGAGCAGCAGCAUGCACCUUCCUGUACAGCGGUCUGUCCCCGGUGUUGGACCGCUGGGACCUGCCCGUGGCCGUGUUCCCGUUCAACAUCGUCAUCGUCCUCUACCUGCUGGUUACCAGGCCGGACAACCCUUACUUCCCGCACUACCCUUCCCUGCCAGUGGGGGCGCUGCAGGCCAACGCCACAGAGCUCAACACAGCGCAGUUGCUCCAGGGAAUCUUCCUGGGCGUGGGGCAGAUCUUCGCCUGCGACUCCCUGGGGCCCUCCCUGCUCAUCCUGGGGGCCACGCUGCUCUACUCGCCCCUCCAGGCCCUGCACGCCGUCCUGGGCUCCGCAGCGGGGACGCUGGCCGGCCUCUCGGUGGCGGUGCGUCAUGGCAGCCUGUACUCCGGUCUCUCUGGGUUCAACGGGGCCCUGGGCUGCAUGUGUGUGGGGGGCCUCUUCUUCACUUUCAGCUGGAGGAGCCACCUGUUCGCCAUUGCCACUGCCUUCCUCUGUUCAUACGUUGACAUCGCCUUCAGCAAUCUCCUGGGGACGAUUGGUCUCCCAGCAUGCAGUUGGGCAGCGACUCUGGUAGUCACACUGAUGCUGUUGCUCACAGGCCGGGGCUUAGCCGCCUACCGCAUCCCCAUUGGCCAGGUCAGGAGCCCCGAACACAACCUGAGCUCACGCAGCCAAUGGAAAGCCGGCAACACGUCGGACCCGGAUAGCACCGUGUAGACUCCAGACACACACUCAUUGCAUACGUGUGUUUGUGUGUGUGUGUGUGUGUGUGUGUGUGUGUGUGUGUGUGUGUGUGUGUGUGUGUGUGUGUGUGUGUGUCUCAUUGGAAUGGACUAAAUACAACACAGCCCUAUCAUAUAAUUGCUUUGACAAUUUGAGUGUUAGUAGUGAGUUUUUUUUCUACAAAAUCCAAAAUUUGCCCUCAGCUUGGCAGUUAUCUCAGGAAAUACAGAAAACACUUACAAAUUAGUAAGGGUUUGUGGGUCAGUUGUUAGCACGGUCUAAGCUAUUCCCUUUGCAGUUUGCUAAUAUAAUAUUGCCAUCUAAUUAUCAUAUGAUGCAAAUUUUCAAUGCCCUCUGAAACAUACACAUAUUAAAUUGACUGUUAAGCGUCCAUAAUUGUUCGGAAAAAUGAUACUAAAAUUCAACAAAUUAAAAUAUUUACAAAUGACUUUUUCCAGAUAGUUUUUGUAUUUGUAAAUGAAAGCAGUGCAAUGUGGUCAUACAAAGGCGAAAAAGAAUCACCCCAAAAUAAAACCAGUUCCAUAAAAUGUUUUAAUGGUAAAACGUUUCCCCAACAUUUUAAAUGUAAACACAGCUUAAAUCCAGCAGUACAUCGAUUGCCUCACCUCAGUUGACCUACCCUGCAUAAUGUUCUAUAGCUAGAGCUCGACCACAACUCAAAACACACGAUAACGUCAAGCAGAGUGUGUGUGUGUGUGUGUGUGUGUGUGUGUGUGUGUGUGUGUGUGUGUGUGUGUGUGAAAACUGACAAGAUAUCUUUCUGAACAUAAAUCCUUUAAAGUGGUCAAGCUGGUGUCAUGGAGUCUGUUUGGAUGGAUCGUGGGUGUGUGAGAUUAUUUUAUAGUAAUGACAUGUCAUGUCAUUAAUAUUUAUUACAAUGUGUUUAGUUUUUUCUAAACGUUUUGGAUACACAACACAGACAUCUUCAGUUCCGUUUCUCGUUUCAUUUCACAAUAUUCAGAUAUUCUUAUGAAUAUUCAUGUCUUCUUAUGAAUAUUCACAUAAAAUGUAUAUUGCUGUGACUUCUUCUUUCACAGUGCUUUCUGUUUCCCAUUUUGUUACCGUCAUUUUUGUUUGUUUUCAUUUUAGCACAUUUCCCCUAUUCCUAAAAUAACUACUUCAAUUAUAAAACAAAUCUACUGCCAUAAUCACUGUCUACAUAUCAAUGGGUGGACAAACAUCCUGGUUUUGUAACAAAGACUAGAACAUGCAUUUGCCUCUAGGGUUGUGUUUGGUUUUUUCCUAACAACAACAACAUCAACAGACAGACAGACAGCGGCCAGAAGGGACAUAUUCGUCAUUAAUUAUCAACUAUUAAUUAAGUGGCUUUCUGUCCAAGAUUGAUCUAGCAAUGGCAAUUCUUAAAAGGAAAUCAGUACAAAUACAAUCGAUUACACAAUUAAUCAUUUUUUUUCAUUGGUGAAUUACAAAAAAUGAACAUUCUUUAGUUUAGUUUCACUUUCAGUUCAGCUCAUCUGAUCAAUGACAGCUUGUGCUUAUUUUUUUGAUCAAGUGUGUUUGUGUAUGUGUGUAUAUGCGCGUCUUUGUGUGUGUGUGUGUGUGUGUGUGUGUGUGACAGACACACAGACAAGGCUUUAGUGCUGUUGGCCUACACACUGCAUGUGUUGCAAAGGCAUCUUUAUAAAAUGCUGAUUUUAGGAUUAUGUGUGUACAUGGCUCAUGUCUCAUGUCUCAUUAUUGCCCGCAUGUCAUAACAAUCUUAAGUACAUAUUUUGGCUCUUCUUCAAUCCAUUGAAUGACACCAGUAAGCCUCUGAUGGCCAUCUCCCCUACACUUUCUUUUAUAGUCGACACGGCGAGUCGAUCUGUCCUCACUAGGUCAUGAAGCUUAACAUUUUUGGUGGUCUUCAAUGCACUGAAAAUACGUGUCAACGAAUCCAAUGGCAUACUUGGCUUCCAUCAUGGUGAAAGGGCCCCGAGAUGUGACUGACUAGUCCCUUUGGUGUGUCUGAAAUAAUGCACUUACCUAAGCCCUCAUUGCCCUUGCGGUGGUGCGCAUAUAAAUAAUAAAUGGGAAUAGUUUAAUAUGAAUGACAAAUAACAAUGCUAACAUUGUUUCUUUUGCUUUCUUUGUUUAGCAUUGGCCUUCUUU